UGGGACCGAGCCAUCGUGCCGAGCAGAACGCUGAUGGGGCGGAACGCUGACACGAAUACGUGCUGGCUGUGAGGUUUGUGGAUCAUGACCGAAGUUUAAACCGUUUAACAGCAAUCAGCGGAAAAGCACGUGCGUGGUGUGCGGGUGUUUGUGUAACCUCGCGAGGUUUUCUUCUCGCUGUGUGAGCGCAUGGAGCUGGAUCGGAGACUCCUGCUGGCGCACUGCGCUGCCCACGCCCUGUCCGUGAUCGCAGGCCUGCUGGUCGUGGUGCCGUUAGCGCUGAACGGCUCGGCGUUUAAAGGCCGCUGUGCGCUCUUCACCCACGGCUUCUGGCGCUCCGAGAACCAGAGCGCGAGCGGCGCGCACCUGGCGGCUGGAACACACCUGGCGGCUGGAACACACCUGGUGGUGCAGCAGUGGGGGCCGCCGGCAGCCUGCCAGUUCGCCACGUUCGUCGGAGUGUUUACGGUGCUGUAUGGAGCCACACAGAGCUGGAGGAGUUUAUUUUAUCUCCACCGGCGUCACGACGACACCUUGUUCUCGGCCUUUCUCACGCUGCUGCUGAGCCUGUGUGUGCUCUUCCUGUCCGGAGGCGCAAGUGUGAUUCUGACCCUUGGCCUUGUGUCCUGGUGCAACACCAUCACUGAUCACAACACCCGACCAUACAGCUGUGCUGAGGCACAAUCUGUGCCCCUCUACUUGGAUGUGGAAACCUCCUCGUUCUACUCGGAGCUCACCUGUGCACAGAUUUCUCUGUGGUGUGUAACAGCUCUAUGGUUGGUUCACUCCAUUCUGUCCUUCCUGAGACUCUACCACUCUCACAGUCAGCAGAUCAGCGGACCGUGUCUGUCCCGAGAGAAGGAGCUCCUGCUGGGCCAGCCACAUGUAGAUUGUCCCCUGCCAUGCCAACACCCUCACCCUCCACAACCACCUGCCAUCUUCAUUUAAUCCCUGAACUACCCCCUAAAUGUGCUCUUUUAUGUCGAUCCACAAAUCAUAAGCUUUUUCUAGUCUUUGUGUUAGUGGAAGCAUAAAAAUACUUCUUAAGAAGAAGCUCCGUCUGUUACAUGGAGCAUCCUGUAAUGGUGCACUACAAACCUGUCCAUGCAUGUCUGUGAAAAACAUAAUGAACAGUGCAAAGACAAGACUCUAGAAAAACCAAGAACGAUAAGCUAUAUUACAAGUAAGCUAUACGUAUUGUUGCUUUAGUCAUUAUUUAUCGUACUGUAAUUGUGUUUGUAAUAACCUUUAGUUGUGUUGUUCUAUACACGGGAUUGCACCAAUACAAGUUUGUCAACCACUUUCAAACAGGGUCUUUUAGUGUUGAGUAUUCUAGGGUAAAUGUCAUUUAAUGAUACACAGCAUUCGUUCGCUUGCAGAAAGAUAAAUGUUGCAAAAAUCUUGCUGUAUGCAAGUAAAAGUUACUUGUAAAGUGAAUGGGAAGGAAGACUAGCAUGUUGCAUGUGCUCAGUUCAGACCCAUGCUGCUUUACUGUAGUAAGCAUACAUUGCUAUGCAUGUUUCUCCUGUAUGCUGCUUAGUGUAGUGUUGCUUAAACACUCUCUCUCUCUCCCUGCCACAUGAAGGUUUCUUUAUGAUGCUGUGUGUAGAUGCAGCUCUGAGGAAACAGCCAAUGCAGAGGUGCUAAUAUUUAUGGUUUACAGUUUUUGACCCCUUGCUUGGGGACACCUGAAAACUACAGCAGACAGACUAAAUAUGAGCAAAGUUCACUGAAGGGGAAAGGACAUGUAUGAUGCAUGUUUGCUCCUGGUAGCAGAUCCUUUUGUUUCACAAUGAUUUAAAUUUUGGCCUGUGGAUUCAUGAGCCUCAAUCUUCUGAGCACACAUUGGCAAGAUCAUGGUCUCUUUAUUUGGUUAAACAUGGAGGAGCUGCUCAUUAUUAAGUAUUGGUCAUACCAGUUCCCCUACCCCUACCCACACACUCUUUCUCUUGGUGUAUAUCUGGAAAAAAAAUCAUUGGGUAUCUCGUACAGACUGAAGCUCAGAUUUUUUUUUUUUUUCAAAUUUAGGUUUUCCUUCUGGGCGGCACCGUGGUGUAGUGGUUAGCGCUGUCGCCUCACAGCAAGAAGGUCCGGGUUCGAGCCCCGUGGCCAGCGAGGGCCUUUCUGUGCGGAGUUUGCAUGUUCUCCCCGUGUCCGUGUGGGUUUCCUCCGGGUGCUCCGGUUUCCCCCACAGUCCAAAGACAUGCAGGUUAGGUUAACUGGUGACUCUAAAUUGACCGUAGGUGUGAGUGUGAAUGGUUGUCUGUGUCUAUGUGUCAGCCCUGUGAUGACCUGGCGACUUGUCCAGGGUGUACCCCGCCUUUCACCCGUAGUCAGCUGGGAUAGGCUCCAGCUUGCCUGCGACCCUGUAGAAGGAUAAAGCGGCUAGAGAUGAUGAGAUGAGGUUUUCCUUCUCUUGUUCUGUCUGCUAUAAUUUUCUUGUUAGCAAUGUUGGCACCUCUGUCCUGCUUGGACCCCGGUUGUAAUUCAGAAUGUGAUAUCAGUCAGGGAGGAGCAUGGAAAAAAAAUUCAAGGAAUGUGCACCAUGUGUUUUGACCUCUGACCUCCCUGAACUGAGUGGCUGUGGUGACACACACGUAGCUGACAGAGAAACUAGAGGUAAAGGGAGAGACGUGUAUGUAAAUGUGAUUAUUGCUAAUGCUUAUGUUUAAUACCUCUGUUUGUACCACUGUUGUAUCUCUAAUUAAUUUGAGAUCAACUCAUGAAUAGUAAAGUGUAUAAAAUUCA